AUGGAGGGCUGCUCCAAAACGAGUGCCGACGCGGUGCCCGUCCUUUCCGACGACCCCCUAGUGGAGAUCCUCUCCCGCGUCCCUGCCAAGUCUGUCUGCCGCUUUAAGUGCGUCUCCAAGGCCUGGCGCGACCUCAUUGUCGACCCUGACAACCUGAUAUCCGUGCCUCUGGACAUCUACCCUUCCUUCUCCUUCCUGGCGGAAAUGACUGGGGUCGAGGCCUUCAUCUUGGAUUCCUACAACGGGCUUAUCCUUUUCGGGCACCGUCAGGAGCCAUUUGAUCCCCUUUACUAUACCGUGUGCAACCCGACCACAAAGCAGUGGUCAGCUGUGGCCGCUUAUGGUUCUGGUGAACCGGAUUAUGAUACACAGGAAUGGGUGUUGAAGAACACUGUGGACUUUAACUCUUUGGAUGUCUUUGGAGAAAUAAGAGACUUGUCAGAGUUUAAAGCGGUUGACAUUCAUCAAGACUGUAAUGUUGUUUUCUUUCUUCAGGAGUCCUGUAAGCUGACAGCAUACGGCAUGGACCAUAAGGAAGUGAGUGUCAUUGCGACUUUCGAAGAUCACAAAGACCCGUGUGAUUUUGCUUGUUACGUUCCCUAUUUCUCAGAAUCCCCAGAUCUCACAAAUAAGUACUGA